CGUCGGCUAAUUGUUUCCCCCCCCGAACCUGCUGCGCUUAGAAAGAGUGCAGAUUCAUCCUCAACAUUCUGAUUAGCUGCAAUGACGCAUUGAAAAAUCUCAGAAGGGAUUCGUUUUUAUUUUUAUUAUCAUUAGUUAUUCAUUUUGCGGCAGGAUUAGCGCGGAGUUGUGGCUGAGCUAGCUGGGUUGUGAGGAAACUGGGCGCGUUAGACGAACAGGAAAUAGGACGUGAAGCGAGUUAGCUUAGCUGCUUGUGCUAACGCUGCUAUGGCGGAGGUAGCGGGGCCGUCCAGUGAAACCAUCACGGAGACGGUGCAGACUGGAACACCGCCGCCGCCCCAGCAGGAAGGAAGAAGCUUGACGAUCAAACUUCGAAAGAGGAAGACUGACAAAAAGGUGGAGUGGUCCAGUGACACGGUGGACAACGAACACAUGGGUCGCAGGUCCUCGAAGUGUUGUUGCGUUUACGAGAAGCCCCGACAGUUUGGCGAGUCCUCUACAGAGAGCGAAGGAGAGGAUGAGGAAGGGUGCGGUAGCGCGCACUGCAUUCUCGGCCACGGGAGAGGACACGGACAGAGAGGGGACAGCGGUGGCACCACUACGCCCCCGAGCUCCGGUGGAACAAACCCUCACUAAUCAGGAGUGAAAGAGCACUGGGUGGGCUGGUGGCAAAAAAAAGAAAAUGCGGCACGGACACGUUCAUAAUUUUACAUCCGGCUACUCACAGCAAAAUAAAGUCACUGCGUUGUUUCAAAUUGCGAUUCGAUGCAGAGUGAGAGCUUUUAGUUCAUGCAGGUUGAUUUUAUUUUUUUAAUUUUUUUUUUCCUGCUGUCAUUGUGAUUAGUGAGAAAACAGCUGAAUGCUGUGGAGAAUCUUUUUGGGAUUUGUUGUACAUAGGAUAUGGGUUUUAAUUUUUUUUUUUUAAUUCAAUUUUUCUAUUUAUUUGCAUCUUUCAGAUCAGUUAUAUCUUGUUAUACAUUCUCAUUUUAACGCAAGUGAAGAUCAAGCCAGUGGUUAUAGUAAAUCUAUAAAAUAAACAGAAAAACACAUUAGAUUUUUGUUUUAGCUGAUGAUUUAGAAAGCAGGGUCCAUUCCAAAGACUUGAGGUGAGACUCUGCUCACCAGGAGACUGCUGCUGAUGAUGAUGAUGAUUGUAUUACAGCUGGAGUAGACGCAAUUAUUAGAGCUUAUAAAGAGGUAAUGCGCUGCCUUUUUUUUUUUUUUUCUCCCCCCCAUCCUCAGUGAGUACAUGCGACACUUCACAUAGUACGUUAACGUUUUCACUCAUUUACAUGAACACGGCGAGUCAUUUUCUUCAUGUCAUCACGUUUCCUAGUGACACUACUGAUUCUUUUCUGACAAUCAGACGAGUAUAGCUAACGAAGGCAUUGUGCAUGUACGUACUAACGGCAGGAAGCUUCACAGUUGCGCUGGAAUUACAUUUAGUAUUGCCUAAACCGACUUCAGUAUCAGCUGCAUCUCUAUUUGAAAGAUUAAAAGGAGCAAAGGAUCUAAUGUUCAAAUCAGUACCAUGUGAGAAAUACUGUAAAAUCCCAGUGAUGUCAGCAUGUUCAGUAAUAAAUAAAUGAAAAAGCGUUUGGUA